UGAGGCGUAUUGCACCAGAAAUGUGAAAAUGGACCAGGUAACGCAAACAGUUUUAGAUGACUUAGAAACUUCAAGGAGGCCUGUCUUGACUUCCUGCACUAACAAAAUGGCUUCUGUGCUUCAUAACGUCACAACUACAUAUCAUCCGGAUAGCUUCAGUAACGCUAGCCCAAUGCAGGAAUAUUUGAAUGAGUGGAUGAAGGAGAACAAGAGGCUGCCGAGAGAUAUGUAUUUGUCGGUCAAGCCACUCAAUACUGUAUACUGUUUUAUACAGUGCAUGUGCAGCACUUUGGGAUGCCCGAGGUACAAAAUUGAAAUGAAAACUGGUGGAAGUUUUUUGUGGAAGGAGCAGACCUAUUUCGAUAUGCUCAUCCAGUUGGCACUAAUUUUCUAUCUUGUUGGCAAAACGCUGUCGCAUAAUCCCAUCGAGCAACAAGUAGCAGCCGAUACAGCCGCAAUAUCAAGCGUUGCUAAAGUGCGUAGACCGCGGCAAGUCUCGUCUAAGGUGUCGCAAAAGACAAGAGAUAAGAUUGAGGGAGCAGCGAAUGUGGCGACGAAUGUGCUGAACAGCAUUGCAGAUAUGCUCAACAAGAUUGGCACAAUAGAUUCAGCACCCGGGGGAGUGCCCAUAAUGCCUGGAGCAUCCGGAGGAAUCCAUAAGAGCAGCUCUGGCAUGUUAGUACGUUCACGAGGCAAGUUGAAGGUGUUCAGCAUUAUGGCAAAUAUACAUGCUUGA